AUGUCGGUCUUCUCUCUCAUUAAGAGGUCGCGGCAGCAAGCCAAGGAGCACAACCAGAAGCAAGCGGACAAGGCUAAGGAGGCCCCCAAGCAAGCGUAUCGACACGUCCCUACCCACGCCGCCGUUGACGCCCUUUCUGGAGCGCCAUCGAGUUGGAAACAUGAUGACCGGCCCAGAAUCAUCGAACAGAACCGCAGGAGAAGUGCAAUGGCCGCCAGUGGUCUAGGCCACCAUAGGAUGCCUGGGCCUAGUCUACCUCGCGUUUCCAGCAGCCUCUCUCAUGUCACCUACCCUUCAUCUGAUGCCAGCCCCGCUGGACAGAUGCCUAGAGCUUACAGCUACAGCGGGGUUCCGCCUCCAAUGCCUUGGGAAAAUCGAAACAAGAACCCUUCUCUCUAUUCUGUCCCUGACGCUAGCCGCAUCUCAUUGAAGGGCAAGGAGCUUGACAGAUCAUACGAGUCCGGCCGCAACAGCCCGACCUCGAUCAAAGCUGGAUCUCCCGUCGGUAGCUCAAGCCAGUCGACGAGCUCUCAAGAGGACCUUGAAAUGAAGCCCUCACGGCACACAUCCAUGCCCCCUCAUUCUGCCGGCUCAUCCGAAGCCCCUCGCAACGCCGCUAUUGCUAUCCACGCUCAUCGUCUUCAUCCCAGCUCCCGUCGGGCUUCAGACGCUUCUGACAGAGCGGACUUCUCGCCUAAGAACCUUCAGCCUUCACCACCAAGUGAUAAGUCCAGGCCACCGCCGUCGACGCGUGGCUUCAACUCCAUCCCCCCCGUUACAUCCCUGCCGCCAAUGCAUUUCGGUAACACCUUGAAUGGGCAACCACCUAAUAUGCCUCUGGCUUCCUCAUCUGCCUCGACCCGUUCGUCUGCACAGGGAUCCUUCUCCUCCUUUAACUUCAAUGUCAACAACGCGCCCUUCUCCGCUCCUAUGUCCGGCAGAUCAUCCGCCGCCACCACCCCUGCAGCAUGCGUGACACCCGAGCCUGUUUACGAGUCUCUUGAGGAAGAAGAAGAAGCUUCUGCUUACACGUAUGCUCCGGCCUCCACUACCGCACCAUCCGCGAUGAAGCAAAAGGAUCGCCGUGGCAUCUCAAAGUCCAAGGUCACCCGCUUCACUGAACUGGAGACGAUCGACUCUCACACGGAGCAGAUUGCCAUACCCAGCGUUGCGUAUGAACAGGCCUGCAGGGACACCACUCCACCCCAGGUCUCCCACAAUGCCAUCAGUAAAGCUGCUGUUGUGGAAAUGGUGACUGCUGCUCCUGCCGAAGUGACCUCGGCGCAAAAGCAGGGGAAGCGGUUGUCGAAGCAGCCUGGCUCCAAGGUGGCUAAGAAGAGCCGUUGGUCAAUAAAGAGUUCUGCCGUUGCAGUCUAA